CAUCAAUCAUUAUCAACAGAAACGACGCAAGCACCGAUGAUGACAAAUUAUGUUUCAUCAAUAUCAUCAUCAACUACCACUUAUUUGGUUCCCAGUGUUUAUCCACCAUUUUCGACACAAUCACCCCAUCAAUCGUCAACGACCAAUUCGGGAAUUGAUCCUAUUUCAUCUUAUCAAAUACCAACUUAUACUCCUCCAUCACUCUUAACAAAUACAAAUACCGAAUCGCAAUGUUUGGCCAGUCAAAGUAAUUUUACUGGAACAUAUCAAUUGCCGCCUACAUCAUAUAAUAAUCCACCGAAUGACGUGAUACCCGAACAAACUUCAGCUAUACUUCCACCACAAUCAAAUCCACAGCAUCCGAUUUAUUGUAGCGAUGGUAUAAUCUAUCCCGGUGAAUUGUCAUCUUCAAAUUAUAAUAAUGUGAUAAAUAAUGAUGACGACGAACAGGAUGUUGUAUUAUCCAAUGAAUUAGUUGAUGUGUACAAUAAUCUUGGAAUUGUUGGCAAACUUUUAGCCGGUGGUUCUCUUGUGACUAUAAGAUUUUUGCAAAUGUUUCGUAAUAUUAGCGAAACAUUAGUAGAUGCAUUGGGUAUUGCUCGACCAAAAUAUGAAGAAGAGAUUCGUGCAUAUGAAGAAAUGAAACAAGAAGAACAACAAAGACAAGAGGAAAUUCGACAAUUGUAUGCCGGAUGGAAACCUAAUAUGCCACCAGUACCACCUCCGCCACAGAUUCCAUCAAAUUAUUUUCCCAAUAAUCAGCCCUGUAUGUCUUCCGAUAAUAUAAGCCCGCCACCAAUUUCUCCGCCUAUGAAUACAAUUUCAAAUUUUGUUACUGAUUCGCAAGCUAAUUUGCCAAAUCCAUAAAAAAAUCGCAUAUAUUUUUUUGCAAUAAAAGAUUGUGAAAUUAUUUUAUUACAUUCAAAGACAAACAAAUAAACAUCCAAAUUAGAAUAAAUAAUAUUUCGUUGGCUUUUAA